AUGGCACCUUUGACCAGGUCGAAUUCGACCAGCCCGGUGAAAAAGGCUGCGCAGAAACCCUCCCAACCACAAGUCAAGCAGCAACGCGAGCCCCUCAAGCACUUCAUAUUGCCCAAAGAAUUGUCCAGCAACGCCCGGUUCCUGUUGCUUAAGCAUCCACGAUCCUCCGCGCCACAGCGUUUCUUGUUUUGCCCAGAGAAAGGACUUUUCGAAUUCACCAAAGUCAACGCCCCAGCGGAUGAUCCGCGCAGCCUUCUCUUUUCGAAAUCCGAGUCUUAUGCCUCAGCAGAAGUGAAUGACAACGCGGAAGGUUGUAAAGAAGGCGGAACCAUCAGCAAUGGCUACAUCAGCAAGCGUCCCGACUUUUUCAUCGCAACCACAUUCGAUGUCGCAUUCCUUCUCCUUGCCUUGAUCUUGCCUAAGACUUUUAAAUCCUCCAAGGCGCUUUUCCAACCAAUUGACGAUAUCCUCGAAGACUACAUACAUGAAGAUAAGCAUUUGAGAUAUCUCUUCAACCAUGGGCGACGCUUUCUUGAGCAAGCAAUGUUGAGAUUCUGCGACAGCAUUGAGGCCGGGGAUGAACAUUUAUACAGACCCAGCGAGGAGAAAACCUUGCGGAUGGUUAUGCAAAAGGUAAACGCGGCAAUUUGUGCUGGCUUACCGGCAAGCCUUGAUGAGAGGUUUGUAAAGAGGAAGCUAGAACUGCCUGUGCUAAGUGUCAGGCGAGAAAACAGUUCGAUUUCUACAAGUUUAGUAGUCUCGUUCCAAGACAAUUGUGACACUCCUCCCGAAAAUUUGGACUCGCAGUCAUCUGCCACUAGCUCAGCACCAUCUGUGGUCUUCUCGGAGCUCUCUGCAGGCAGUUCAAUGACGAGUGUUGCUCCAGACAAUAUACCUGGCAAGAUGCAAGACCUCCAGCAACAGAAUAUUGUCCUUGAGUACAUCCUCGUGUCAUAUGUCCCUCCCGUGGUAGCAGAGCGUCUACAAGCUCGAGUUGCUGCUGAGAACUCCCCUGUAAAUUUCACACCUCUGAGGGAGCAUCUCAAGACCAUUGCUAAGAUGAAGGCGGAUGCAAAUGCAUCGAGAUCAAUCGGCGACUUCAGCAGAAAACGCGGUCUUGAGGAGGAGGAGGCAACAGACCUGCGAGAAGAGAAAAAGAGGAAGCAGGAUGAGGAAGAUCGCAAAAGGAAAGCGGGCGAGUCACGGGGAGUCAGAGACUUGAAGAAGGUUAACGUUACUGGAAUGAAAAAGAUGAGUGAUUUUUUUGCCAAAAAGCCAGCAACAAAGGUCAAGUCGUGA